AUGCCUUAUGCAUAAUAACAUCCAUAUUAUCAAUAGAAACUUCCAUAAAAUGUUGAAUAUGGUAACACUUCCUUUUAUAUAAUAAUUAGUACGUUAUUAUGAAGACCCAAUUUCCACUUAAUGUACAAGAAGAUCAAUUGUAGAAUAUUAAGAUGUAGUACCAUAGAUCAAAAAUGAAAAUCUAGAACAAUAUAUAAGGAUGAUUGUCAAUGAAGAUGAAACUUUUCAUAAUAAAAUAGCAAAUCUAAAAAAUAGUAAUUAGACAGCUUUAUUUAAUCUUCUUGAAAUGUUGGCUUAGAAAUAGAGAUGCUAAUAGAAAAGUAGGGAAGAACUGGUUAAGUUUUGCUUAAGAAAAGCAUUAAAAUUUAUAUUUAAAAGAGUUUAAGAGAAAUAUGAUAAAACAAGUAUGUAUAUAAUCAUAUUUUAAGAAACAAAUUUGAAAUCUGCUUAAAAAAUAUUCAUGACAAUUGUGGAAAAAGAAACUUAAACCAUCAUUAUGCUUCCAUUUAGAAAAAAUAGUAAAAAUAAAACAAUGAAUUCAGAUUUUUUAAAAUAAAUUUUCUCUUCAAAAACCUUUGUUACUUAUUAUAAAGAAUUCUUAAGUAAAUCUUAUAUUAAUUUUAGGUUGUUUGGAAUCAGAAAUAUAAAAAGAUUCAAAAAAAAAAAUUGCAUCCCUUUGCAAUAAAAUUAUGAAUCAUAUUCAAGAUGAAAAAAAUGUAUAAAUACAAAUUAAAAAAUUUAUAGUUUGAAUUUGAUGUUAAAAGAUUACCAUGGUCUCAUUCAAAUGUAGAAAAAGUUAAAUAGACAGCUUAAGAAAUGUUACUUUAUUCAAAUUUUGAGAUUAAGUGA